CCUGUCCCGCCUGCUCUCGCUGUGCCAUCCGGAGGAGGCUCAGAGUCGGGGCAGGCGAAGCCCCAGCAUGGCACAGCAUCCGUGGCUCGGCUGGUGGCCCUUGCUGUGGCUGGUGCUUGGGGCAGGGGGCUCAUCCUCCUGCUGGGACCCCGGGGCCAGCCCCGCCGCUGCAUGCCUGUCUUUGAGAACGCUGCCUUCGGCCGGGCGGCCAGGCCACCAACACCUGGGUUCACCCCCGGAGGAGUUACUGCCUGCAGAUGGGCGCUCGCCACGCCAGCACCCUGUGCCACCGCUGCGAUGCCAGCGACCCCCCCGGCCACCAUCACAAACGCCUCCUUCCUCACCGACUUCCACAGCCAGGAGGAGAGCACCUGGUGGCAAAGCCAGUCCAUGGCCUCGGCAUCCAGCACCCCAACUCUGUCAACAUCACCCUCCAUCUGGGCAAAGCCAUAUGAGAUCACCUACGUGAGGCUGAAGUUUCACACCAGCCGCCCGAGGAGCUUUGCCAUCUACAAGCGCAGCGUGCCGAGGGGCCCUGGGUUGCCCUUCCAGUACUAUAGUGCAUCCUGCGAGAAGACUAUGGGAAGCGGCGCAGCGCAGUACCUGCGCCCGGGGGAGGAUGAGCAGGUGCCUUCUGCACUGAUGAGUUCAGCGACAUCUCCCCACUGAGUGGGGGCAACGUGGCCUUCUCCACCCUCGAGGGACGGCCCAGUGCAUACAACUUCGAUGGAAGCCCCGCGCUGCAGGAGUGGGUGACCGUCACUGACUUGCUCAAUCUCUUGAACCGGCUCAACACGUUUGGG